AACCCUAGAAGUUAUUAUGCUUCGACGGUCACCUCCCGCCCUCCGACUAGAGAGAGAGAGAGCGCGCGGCCUCAUCGUCAUCCUUAGUUUCACCGGCAAGGCAGCGUCGUCGUCGUCGGAGAAAGAAAGAGAGGGCCGAAGAUGGGGUCGGAGAAGAAACUGUCUAAUCCGAUGAGGGAGAUCAAGGUGCAGAAGCUCGUUCUUAACAUCUCCGUCGGUGAGAGUGGAGACAGAUUGACUCGUGCCGCGAAGGUCUUGGAGCAAUUGAGUGGACAAACCCCAGUUUACUCCAAAGCUAGAUAUACUGUUAGGUCUUUCGGGAUCAGGCGUAAUGAAAAGAUCGCUUGCUAUGUCACCGUUAGGGGGGAGAAGGCGAUGCAGCUAUUGGAAAGUGGACUGAAGGUAAAGGAAUACGAGUUGUUGAGGAGGAACUUCAGUGAUUCUGGAUGCUUUGGAUUUGGAAUCCAAGAGCAUAUCGAUCUUGGUAUCAAGUAUGAUCCCUCAACUGGUAUUUAUGGUAUGGACUUCUAUGUUGUUUUGGAGCGUGCUGGAUACCGAGUGAGUCGCCGGCGCCGAUGCAAAUCAUGUGUAGGCCUUCACCACAGGGUGACAAAGGAGGAUGCCAUGAAGUGGUUCCAAGUUAAAUACGAGGGUGUUAUCCUUAACAAGGCUCAAACAACUGCUGCUUCCUAGUUAUGCUUUGUUUUUGUUGGUUUUGGAUUCAGUUUUGUUUCCAUUGAGUUUCUAUCUACGGAUAGAGAAGGACUUAAUGCAUUGUGCCAAAGAACAGUUUCAUGUUGAAUUAGGGCGUACAUUUUGUUCUCGGUUGGUAUUUUCAGGUGGUGGUGGCACUUUGUUAUUGCCAACAUGUUUUCUCUUGAGUCGUUUAGGUUCUUCUGUUUUAUUUUCUGAUUAGCUUAUGGAUACGUUCAUUAUCUCUA